AUGGACCUCUUUACUUCCGCACAGUUUGGCCCUCGCGUUGAGGGUCUCCUGCAAAAGUUUCAUGCUCCCGGCGUCUCCAUUGCUAUUGUUCAAAACUCCUCUAUUGUCUCUGCUGGUUAUGGUCUUGUCAACCUUGACCCGCCGAAACCCAUGACGGCUGACGUUCUCUUUGACAUUGCGUCGGCCUCCAAGUCUCUCACUGCUGCGUCAGUCGCCCUGCUCGUCCACAACGAUGGCCAUUAUCCCCAUGUCACGUAUGAGGCUACCAUGUCCAGCCUCUUGCCGGAGGACUUUGUCAUGUCAGAUGAAACCUACACUAAGGUCGUCACUGUGGAAGACAUGUUGUCUCACCGCACGGGUAUUGCACCUCAUGAUGAGUCAUAUCUUGGCCCUAACUCUCCCCAUACAGAUAAUGCGAAAUCCGUGACUCGGAAUCUGCGAAAUCUGGCUGUUGCGGCACCAAUACGCACCAAACACUUGUACUGCAACAUGAUGUAUACCGUUGCAACGCAUCUCAUCGAGACUGUGGCCUCUCUCAGCUUUGCCGACUUCCUGCAGAGACACUUUUUCAACCCCCUUGGCAUGAACUCAACUAAUUUGCAGCCAGCACGCGCAAGAGCCAAGGGUCUUGGAGAUCGCAUCACCCCUGGUUACGUGUGGGACGACGAGACGAAAACCUACAACCGAUUCAAAGUUCCUGAUGCUCCUGAAGCACAGGGUGCAGGCUCCAUCAUCACCAGCGUAAAUGAUUAUGUGAAAUAUGUGAAGGCCAUCAUGAACCAAGAGGAGCCGUUCACCAAAGACAUCUACGAGGGGCUCAUUAGGAGUCGCUCACUUUUUGACCCUGACUACAAGCAACGUACGGCUUCAACUUCUUCGAUACUCUAUGCGGCGGGCUGGGAAGUUACGUUUUACCGAGGCUUCAUGAUAGUUGGCCACGGUGGGUCAAUCGCUGGCGCAGGAACCCGCCACUUCUAG